UUUUCUAAUUUGUUUAUGUUUAGUUUGAUUAGCAAGUUUUUAAAUUAACAGUGGAUUUAAAUUGUGGGGUUAAUUAUUUGUUCAUCUUUUAAUUGAGUUUUUUCUGCUCAAUCUACUGACUGUUACGGCAUCUUUUGUGUCGCUUGGUGUCCAUUUAUUUGUGAACCGUUAUUGUGUUGGCUUCAACGAAAGAAAAAAAAACAAACAAACAAAAAGAGUAACAAUUAACAAUAAUCAUCUUUAUAUUUUUCCAUAGAGAAAUUAUCAACAUUUAUAUCUAUUUAAUUAAUUAAUUGGAAUGUCUAAUAAGAAGAAAAAGUAUAACUGUCGAUUCCCUCCAGCAAGAAUUAAAAAGAUAAUGCAAGCAGAUGAAGAGGUUGGUAAGGUCGCUGCUGUUGUACCAUUGAUUAUAUCGAGAGCUCUUGAACUGUUUGUCGAAUCCCUGUUAACCGAAUCAAGUAAAAUAACUAAAUCUCGAAAUGCUCGGACAUUAACUCCAUCUCACCUGAAAGCUUGUAUAACAUCAAAUAGUCAAUUUUCAUUUCUAAGAGAAUUUGUAUCAACCAUACCGGACAUUCAAAGUGUUGGUGAAGAUGGUGAACAUAGUGAUGGUAACAGUUCAACCGGUAAUAACAAUUAUGCUCAUUCUAUUCAAGGAUCAACCUCAGGUCACCAUCAUCAUCAUCAUCAUUCUCUCCAUUCUCAUUCUCACCACCCAAUCUCAUCAAGCUCAUUAAUUACAUCAUCACCAUCGAUAAUUAUACCAUCAUCAUCAUCAUCAAUAACAUCAGCUGCUGCUACUACUGCUGCCACCAACACCAACACCAACUCCAUCAUCAACACCACCAUAACGACCACUUUACCCACUACCACCGGUACCGGUGUUGCUGCCACCGGGUCCAUCUCAUUUUCAGGUUCCAAUUUAACUCGACAAGUAUCAACAACCAAUCGAUCCACUAGAAGUACCAAUUCUUGUUUUUCACGUGUUACAACAAGUAGAGGUCGUGGUAGACCAAGAAAAGUAAACGUUACCUCUUCAAGAUCCCAGGAGGAUGAAGAGGAUGGUGAUUAUGAUGAAGAAAACGAUAUUAAUGAGAGAACUAGAAAUGUAAACAAAUCAAAUCGAUCUCGACGGGAUGAGGACGACGAUUAUGAUACAACAGACGAAGACGAUGAGGGAAGUUCCUGUGAUGAUUCAAGCUCAAAUGCUUCAAGAGCACAGCCUAAUAAUCCACCUCUACACAAUCAAAUUAAUUCAUUUACUAUAGCUCUUAAUCAACAAGUAGAAGAUGAUGAUUACGACAAUUGAAGAGCCUUUUCUUUUUUUUUGGAAAACAAUCAACAAUUAAUUGCAACAAAGAAACAACAACAAAACAAUCAACUAAUUCCUCUUUAUUUUCUUCUUCACCUUUUGUUAAAUUCAUCAAUAAAAUUGUCAUUAAAUCGCUUU